ACAUAAAGCGCGGUUUUAUCCCCAAAUUUCCCCCUCUGAAACCCCUAAAUUUUCACUUAAAACAUUUUUCGUUAGACAGAAGUGAGGAGAGACUGUGUGUGGAAAUAUAGAGUCAGAGAGGCAUGGAGACUGCCAUACAUGGUAGAUUAUCUCUCUCACCAAACACCGUCUUUAAUCCUAAACCAGGGCGCUUGCAUGUUGAAAGCGGUCAAUUGUUCACUUUCAUGUCUGGCUGUUGAAAGCAUGAAGUAGAUGAAUCGAGAGAUUUAUCUUCAUAUUGGUUUUCUUCCUAGUUCAUUCUCUAUGUAUGCUAUGAGCCUCUCAUCAGGGUUAUUUCUACUUGAGAAACCUGCAUGGGCUGUUGCUGUUGCAGCUGUGGGUGUAAUCCUAGGUUGGCCAUUUUCAAUCUUGGCAUUUCUUCCACUGACCUUCUACUAUUUAGAUAAACAAUUCAAACAAGCAUUUCUUUCUGGUGCUGUCACCUCAAUAGCUCUUCUUGCACUCUCCAUACUCGUUGAUCACUGCUACUACCAACGAUGGACAUCAUCUGUUUUUAAUCUCUUAGUAUAUAAUGUAUUAGGAGGUGGCGAGAGCCAUUUGUAUGGGACUGAGGGGCCACUUUUUUAUAUAAGGAAUGGGUUUAACAACUUCAACUUCUGUUUCAUCCUUGCUUUGCUUUUCCUGGGAAUUCUGCCAAAUUGCAAGAAAAAAGUAUGCCCCUGACUUGUUUAUUGUAAUCUCUCCUCUUUAUAUAUGUCUAGCAUUUAUGUCUCUGCAGCCGCACAAAGAAGAAAGAUUCCUUUAUCCCAUAUACCCUCUUGUUUGUGUUGCUGCUUCUGCUGUCAUUGAGAGUUUUACUGAUCUUUUCCGAGACAAAUAUAAUCCCUACGAUAAUUCUAUUAUAGUUAUGAUGGCCAAAUUUCUUAGACCUGUGGCCCUGAGCCUCAUAUUAUGUGCCUCACAUUCACGUACAUUCUCAUUGAUCAAUGGCUAUGCUGCUCCAAUGGAGGUUUACAAGAUCUUGGAGCACCAUGAUGAUGCAGGAACUGGAAUUGUAGGAAAAUAUGGUUUCAUUUAUGGACUUAUGUUUGAAUCGUGUUCCAGUGCUUGAAAAUUAAGUGCAAGUUGAUGUGAAUGACA